GGGGGGACUCCAACCCGCGGGCACAGAGAUGUGGAAACCUCAUGAAGCCUAGACGGGCCGGAGGGAGAGGCUGGGAGUUAGCUAGGAUUUGCUGACGCAGUUCCUUCUGCGCUUUGUUCAAGAUGUGGGUCUGGCGCUUUCGUGACUCAAGACCCUCUUAGGAACUUCUUCACUGAACUCAAGGAGGAGAUCAGGCAAGAUCUGUGCUGGGCAGAUUCUUCGGAUUGAGGCUGCUGUGCACAGGAAUAUGGAUGGUGAAACUGGGACUGAGGCGGAGUUAAUUCCAAAGCAUCAUUCCUGAAAAGUACAUACUUUCAAGAGAAUUCCACAGAGACGUUGCCCAGGAAGUCAAAAUUUAGAAGGCUCCUCUGAAGGGAAAGAGAAGACUAGAGAGGACACUGGUAUGUUCCAAGCAGGAGAAAAUGAGGAGAAAAACAAGAAAUUUCAAACAUAAGACAGUUAAAGACAAUAAAGUACUCACAGAAGGGAGUGACCAAGAAUCUGAAAAAGACAAUAGUCAGUGCUAUGACCCUGCAACAAACAAGAGAGUUCAGGCUGAAAAGAGACAGUAUGUAUGUACUGAGUGUGGGAAAGCCUUUAGUCAGAGUGCAAACCUCACGGUACAUGAGCGAAUCCACACGGGAGAGAAACCCUAUAAGUGUAAGGAGUGUGGAAAAGCCUUCAGCCAUAGCUCUAACCUUGUUGUUCAUCGGAGAAUCCACACUGGACUGAAGCCCUAUACAUGCAGUGAAUGUGGGAAAUCUUUCAGUGGAAAGUCACAUCUUAUUCGGCACCAGGGAAUCCACAGUGGGGAGAAAACGUAUGAAUGUAAAGAGUGUGGGAAAGCCUUUAGUCGGAGUUCGGGCCUUAUAUCACAUCACAGAGUUCACACUGGAGAGAAGCCCUAUACUUGCAUUGAGUGUGGGAAAGCCUUUAGCCGUAGUUCAAACCUUACUCAACAUCGGCAAAUGCACAGAGGAAAAAAAGUUUACAAAUGUAAGGAGUGUGGGAAAACAUGUGGUUCAAAUACAAAGAUUAUGGACCAUCAGAGAAUUCACACUGGGGAGAAGCCUUACGAAUGUGAUGAGUGUGGAAAAGCUUUCAUCUUAAGGAAAACCCUUAAUGAACACCAGAGACUUCAUCGUAGAGAGAAACCUUACAAAUGUAAUGAGUGUGGGAAGGCUUUUACUUCUAAUCGAAACCUUGUUGAUCAUCAGAGAGUUCACACUGGAGAGAAACCCUAUAAAUGUAACGAAUGUGGGAAAACCUUCAGGCAGACUUCUCAAGUUAUUCUACACUUGAGAACCCACACUAAGGAGAAACCCUAUAAAUGUAGUGAGUGUGGGAAAGCCUAUCGGUAUAGCUCACAGCUUAUUCAACACCAGAGAAAACAUAGUGAGGAGAAAGAAACCUUGUAGGUAACAAAUAUUGUGGGUAGUAGGGCUGACUGCUACUUUUCUAAAAAGUGGUUCUUUAGUAUCAACUUUUUAAGUCUACUUCUAAGAAUCAUACAGGGAAAAUAAUUAGAAGUAGGCAAAGAUUAAUGAAAGGGAUGUUCAUGGCAGCAUCAUAUAUGACUGAAAGAAGAAAACCAGAUUUUCAGCAUUACAGGGUUGAAAUGAAUGAUGAGCUAUCCAUGUGAUGGUUCUGCAGCCAUUAUAAACAUUUUUAAAGACAAUUUAAUGCCAUGGAGAAAUGAUUUGGAUAAGAUGGAAGAUAAAACAAUGACAUACAAUCCAAAAUUUAAAAAAAUAUUUAUGCAUAGGAAAAAUUGGGAAGGAAGUAAAUCAAAAUGUUAACAGUGAUCAUCUCUGGGUGAUAGGAUUAUAGGUGACUUCUAUUUUCUUCUGUAUACUUUUCUAUGCUUUCUAGAUUUUCUAUAUGAGAAUAUACUAAUUUUAUAUUCAAGAAAAAAAGCACAGUAUUUUUUAAAUGCAAUGAAGACAUGCUCAUUUUCACUCAGCAGUGUUAUGAAAGGCACAUAGUAUAUAGAGCCCGAAGCCCUGGGAUUACGCCCUGACAUUGGCAUUUAGCAGCAGUGGAACCGCAGGCAAGUCCCUUCCUUUUAGAGCAUGUUUCCUGUUUAGUAAAAUCAUAAACACCAAUCCUUUGUCUUUUUUAGUUGUAAGACAAGCUGACUUUAGAGUUGUCAACAAAAUAUAUAACAACACUGUUAGGUUAAAAGAACACAGCAAAAGUUCACUGAACCCUCCUUUCCCACAGUUGUGGAAGGAUCUGCAGAUGAUGGAAAACAACCUAGGCUUCAUCUUUUCAAUAUAUGUCUAGACAACCAGAAAAAACUGAAAUUGAAACAAUUGUAGACUCAAAAACGUUAGAUACAUAUAAAACUAGUGGGAGACUCUGCCUUCACAUGGUAUAGAGAGUAGAAAGGCUGAAAGAACAAACUUUGGGGUUGGAGAGAUCCAUGUUCUAACCCCAGUUCUGCCAUGAACUAGCUUAUCAGUUUUGGACAAGUCACUUAACUGCUCUGAGCCUCAGACCUGUGUGUAAAAAAGGAAUAAUUACCUACCUUACAAGGUUGUUGUAAGGAUUAAGUGAGUAAUGCAUGAAAUAUAUGGUAAGCCAGACAGAUGGUAAAUGAUAAAAUCUUAAGUAUAGGACAUUGGAGCAGUGUUUCUAAACACUUUAGGGAGAGUGAUUAAAGAGAAUUUUUGUGUAAGGUAGUACUUGGGAUAUUUUCAGAUGUAAUGAACGGAAUACCAAGUACUAGCAGCCUAGACCUUAAGAACAUUGAUUGAUUGCUUAAGGGGAAAUCUAGAGGUAAGCAGUGCUAUGUUUGGUUUGGCAACUCAGCACUUCAUCAAACUUCUCUCUUAACUCCAUAAUUUUCAGCAUAUUGAUUUUCAUUUUUUCAUAACCUCAUGAUGGCAAGACAGUGGCCACAACUGCAUCUUGCCUUCACACAACUCCAUCAAAUUGGGAAGUGGAAAAGGAGCUGAGGCUUUCUCAUCUGGUUUCUUCCUUCUGUCACUGAGAAAAAUCACCCUGAAGAAGGGAGGGAGGGGUGUUGAGCAAUCAGUACAACAGAUGUUUUCUAUCUUCCUCUGCCUUUCUUUAUGACCAGCCCUCCUUGAAGGUCUCAGCCUAUCUUCCACCAAUAUUUAAAACAUUUUAAAUGCUUAGCUCAAAGUCAAUCUGGAAUACUUAGAAUCUCCCUAUUUUUAACCCAGCCAUUCCUCUGGGUAUACAGUGAAUCCCUAAGCCCACUGCUGUCUGUCUUAUGCACAUAGUGAAUUAUUGUUUGGGGAAUUUUUGAUAAUACAUUAUUUAGUCCUCCCACUACAAUACAAGAAAAUUGAGUGUCAGUGAAGUUAGGUGACUGGCCACUAAGUUGUCAGAGCCAGGAUUUGAGCUCAGAUCUGACUUUGAAAUUCAUGCUUUCUUCAUUAUACCAAAGUGCCUCUGCCCACCAUGGUGGUUCUGUAAUGCGAGUGGGAGACCAGUUGGCAUUUUCCCGGGUAGCUGCCUCUAUGAAAGGUGAUUGUAUCUAACAAUUAUUUGACCAUGGUUUUAUAGGGAAGAUGCUAUCAGUAUUCUGUGAAUGAGAUUUAUGGCCUAUCUCUGUACCUCGUAAUUUAGUUUUAAGGCAUAUAUAUUUCUUUUUGAUGUUACUGGAAAGAAAGAAGUGAAGGGUGAAGGUCGUAUAUUUGUAUGAAAAAAAAUUACUUACUUUGUCCUAUUUUGAUAGGAUAGUGGUUUGCACAUAAUUUGUGAUAUAAUAGUCCUUUGUGUGGUCAUUGCAAGCAGGGUUUGGAGGGCCUGGGACAGAUUUGCAGCAUUCAUGGGACAAACCUGGUAUAUCAUUCCUGAGCAGAAUUGUUGAUGCUUUAUAUAUUGCUGAGCAGAUAUUCUGACCAAAACAUUUUUUCAUCACCAGGUCAUAGUGCCUAAAACUUUCUUUAGAUAGGCUUUCUUUUUUGUCUUAGAAGACUUUAUGAUCUUCAACAGUAUAUAUCUUCAAGGAAGGAUAUGAUGCCAUCUCAUACCUAGAGAUCUUUAUAUUUCUUGCCCCAGGCAAGUGAGGAUUAUAGUCCCUUGAGGAGGCCAUCACCCAUCUUCUAGGCUAAUACCUGCCUUGAGCUGUGGGAAUAAACAUUUGACAACAGGUCCCUGCAUCCUUUCAGAUAAACAUUCUGCUAUAAUUUGAACUGAUCACUCACCUUUCUCUAGGAGUCUCCCAGGGCUACCAACUUUUACCUCAGUCAGAGUUUAGGCAUGCAGCUCUUACCAUCCUUUCAAGCCCUUUCAUAAUACCCUCUGGAAACCAGGAACUGUCUCUUUGAAUGUGUUUUUUUGUUUGUUUGUUUGUUUGUUUGUUUUGAGACAGAAUCUCGCACUGUCGCCCAUGCUGGAGUGCAGUGGUGCGAUCUUAGCUCUCAGCUCACUGCAACCUCCGGCUCCCAGGUUCAAGCAAUUCUCCUGCCUCAGCCUCCCGAGUAGCUGAGAUUACAGGCACCUGCCACCACGCCUGGCUAAUUUUGUAUUUUUAGUAGAGAUAGGGUUUCACCGUUGGCCAGGCUGAUCUUGAACUCCUGACCUCAGGAGAUCUGCCUUCCUCAGCCUCCCAAAGUGCUGGGAUUACAGGCGUGAACCACCGCGUCUGGCUUUAUUUAUUUAUUUAUUUUAUUUAUUUAUUUAUUUAUUUAUUUAUUUAUGAGAUUGAGUUUUGCUCUUGUCGCCCAGGCCGGAGUGCAAUGGCACGAUCUUGGCUCACUGCAACCUCUGCCUCCUGGGUUCAAGCGAUUCUCCUGCCUCAGCCUCCCGAGUAGCUGGGAUUACACGUGCCUGCCACCACACCUGGCUAAUUUUUUGUAUUUUUAGUAGAUACGGGGUUUCACCAUGUUGGUCAGGCUGGUCUUGAAUGAAUGUGUUUUCUUCACAUUCUUGUUCCAAUGGAAACCUGGCUGUUCCCCAAGGGCAGUCCUUAGUCUGCAUUCCUCAGUUGCUAGUUUAUGUGUCUCUCAAGUCAUGUACCUCUCUGUACUGCCAUUUCUUCUCUCUUCAUCAGAAACUUAGCUCUAAUCAGUCCUGGUUGCAUACACCUGUAGUCCUAGGUACUCAGGAGGCUGAGGUGGGAGGAUCACUUGAGCCCAGGAGUUCAUUGUUACAGUGAGCUAUGAUCACGACUCUGCACUGCAGCCUAGGCCACGGAGCAAGACUCUGUCUCAAAAACAGAACAAAGCAAAACAAAAAACCCACAAAAACCCAACCCAGUGCUUUUGAAAUACACAUCACUAAACUACUGUGUAUUGCUCAUUCUUGUUAUUUGGUUUCUUGUCUACUCACAUUUAUUCACUUACGAUUUUAGUACCCUGAAUAUCCUGAGGAAUAUAAAGAGGCAAUAAUUUUAGCCACAGACAUCCUGGUUAUAUAGAAUUGCUCCUGUGUAGAAUCAAAAUAUAUAUGCUCUUUUUAGUUGAGAGGAAAAUACAAAAAUCUCAUUUUAUAUAGCCUUGAUUAGAGGGCAAUAUGUAAGACAAAGAAUUCUGCUUAGAGAGGAAAGUGUCGCCCUGUACUUAGAAAUCUUUUUUCAUAGAUGGUAUGUCCUGUGUUAGGUCUUACUUGGAAGAAAAUUGAAGUAAAAAACAGCUUUAAGUAGCUGAGUAAUUAGGAUUAAUUAGUAGCUGUUGAAUCUAAAUCCCUUAAGACUAAAUUUCAUUGCGGCUCUGUACCCUCAGCAAGACUUCCUUUCUUGAUUGUUUUUCCCUUUAAUAUAAAAUUUAAAAGAUGCCCAUAUUGCAGGUUGUUUUUAGUCACUAGACUGUCUUUAAUAGCCUCUGAUGUUACAAAACUGGAGUCAUGAAAUUGUUUUCACAGGAAAUAAUGAUAAUUCCUUCAAUAAACAUCUGCUAUUCUUAUAAAUAUCA